UCUUGCGUGCGCCCUGUCACCGUGACGCACUCGUCGCUUCGCUUCUCCUCCAACACUUUGCUUGCUGAGGUUUAUUUCAGCAGAAGAAUAUUUGCAGCCGCUAAAAAGAAAAAAAAAAACAAAACAACCCUCCCCCCCAAAAAAAGACUUGAGAGAGCUCUCGCGGGUCGUGAUGAGGGUGCAUCGUGGCUGCUAGAACCACUGGAGUCGUGCGUAACAGAGAAGGAGCAGGUGGAUGGAUGGAUGGAUGCAAGGAAGGAUAGAUGGACGCACUCCGUAAAGACACCUUGGCAGUUGGCGCGACGGACUUGACACAAGGAGGACAUUUUCUAUUUCAUAAUGUAUUCCUCCCUUCAUCUGCAAUGUGAUACUCGCAGUUCCUUGUACACCGCCAACCCCUUCGGCCACAUUUGAGCUAACUUUUGACUUGACGAUUAUGGCGUUGGAUCAAUGGUCUUUCCUCUCGCCUCCACCGAACAUGACGAUACCCGAGCCACUCCUAUACGACAGCUACCUCCAAGGGAACGAGUCAGACCUGGACCUGAACCUGACGGGAGAGACCAGGGAGCCCCACCAGGACAAGACCAGCUCAGUCGUCAUCACCUUCAUUUACUUUAUGGUGUGCGCGGUGGGGCUCUGCGGCAAUGCCCUGGUCAUCUACGUCAUCCUACGCUACGCCAAAAUGAAAACGGUGACCAACAUCUACAUCCUCAACCUGGCCGUGGCGGACGUUCUGUGCAUGAUGAGCCUGCCGUUCAUCGCCAUGCAGCUGGCGUUGGUGCACUGGCCCUUUGGUGAAGCGCUAUGCAGAGUGAUCAUGAGUGUGGACUCUCUCAAUCAGUUCACCAGCAUCUUUUGCCUGAUGGUGAUGAGCAUCGAUCGAUACCUGGCUGUGGUUCACCCGAUUAAGUCGACAAAAUGGCGGAAGCCCCGGGUAGCCAAGUUAAUCAACCUGACAGUGUGGGGAGUGUCACUGUUAGUCAUCCUACCUACUCUGAUCUUCAGCGGUCUGGACAAGGUACCGGUAUGUGGGAUCGUUUGGCCCGAGCCCCAGGAUGUCUAUUACACCGCCUUCAUAUUUUACACCUUCUUCAUUGGAUUCUUCCUCCCCCUGGCCGUCAUAUGUCUGUGUUACCUGCUCAUUAUCGUCAAGGUGAAAUCGUCAGGCAUGCGAGUGGGUUCAACCAAGCGCAAACGUUCCGAACGCAAGGUAACGCGGAUGGUCUCCAUCGUGGUCGCUGUGUUCGUCCUCUGCUGGCUGCCCUUCUACAUCUUCAAUGUCACCUCGGUAACCAGUUCCAUCAACCCGACCUCUGCCGUGAAAAGCACCUUCGACUUUGUGGUGGUGCUAGGCUACGCUAACAGCUGCGCCAACCCAAUUCUCUACGCCUUCCUGUCGGACAACUUCAAAAAGAGUUUCCAGAAGGUGCUCUGUCUCAAAAAGGUGACGGGCCUGGAUGAAAUGGAUCGCAGUGACAGCAGGGCGGACAGGAGUCGGAUGGUCAACAAUGCGCUGAUCAUCAACGCCAACUUGGAGGCGCACAAUGCAGCGCUGCUCAAUGGAGAGCUGCAGACCAGCAUUUGAGAGCAGGGGAAAGGGAGAGAGCGUCUGCUCAGUCUCUCGGUUAAACUGUUAGACUGUUAAACUACCCUGAGAUACGGAGGACUGACGCAAUAGCCGAUCGUCCCGUGGACUCUGGCACAUGAAGUAAGUCAAAUCACCCGGUAAACAGUUUCACAACAGAGUCCGGAGAAGGUACAUUGACCCGAGCUUACAACUGUCCGACUGGAUGAGGCAACGUGAUCUCAACGACCCUGAACACUGAAUAACACGCAGCAAGCCUCUUGACUGACAUCAAACGUUAAGUUUCACCGAUGCUGACGUCACCGUUGGCAAAAACGGACUCACGUUAGGCGAAUUGUGACGCCUGGAUCUGCUGAUAGUGGGGCUACUUUACUCCUUAAUGGUCUGUGAGGAAGAAACGACCCUUUUUGGUGGGAGAUGUUUAGAAACACCAUGUCAUUAGGGCACUGUUUUCAUUCAAGGGGAGGCAUGCUGAGGAAGCCAAACAUUUUAGUGGACGACGGCCUAGCAAACCUCGAAAGAUAAAACUCAAACCCAGAGAAAAUAAAUAAGGAAUAAUGAUAUACGGUCAUGGUCUGUUACACCAGCCCGCUCGUUAGAAAAUGAUGAGAGAAACAAAAUGGCAAAGCCUUCACAACACCACGCUGAUUUCCCCAAACGAUGAAGGUUUGCUGGCGACUCGCCGUGGAAUGCCGCACUGAUCCGUAAACUCUUCCGCGGUGCGAUGGUGAAAGACAUUGGCAACCUCACUGGAUUCAAAACAGCUUGCGCUUGUAAAUACGAACGUGACUAUUUUUUUUUGCCAUCCUGGCGCAUGUGCAAACAUGGGUGGGCCAUUCGAAAAAGGUCAGUCAUAUGUUUUCCUGCUGUGGCAUGUCCGUGGAACCUUUCACCGGCAUACUUGACAUUUUGCCGAAACCUGCUUCUUUCCGUCAGUAUGUCACAUUUUUUAAUUUAAUUUUUAAUGCAGUUCUCAGUUUUGAAAUGGAAAGUCAUGACGAUGUAAAGGUUCCUUUGAGAUGGCUUUAGCACAUACCGACUGAAGUCAGUUUAUGCCAAUGAGUAGAACACGAUACGGUGCGGGCACUUUGGUACAGCAUACGGAUUAAAUGAAGAGUUUGAGUUAUUGGUCAAAUGUUCUCGUUAUCGACAACAUCUUUGCGUGUACAUAUAUAAUGUCUGAAUUACAGAACAUACUAGUUUUACCAUGACCAAAGUGAUGCAUUUGUGUGCUCUAUUGAAACUGUUUUAUUGGGCCUUAACCGUGUACUGAAUUGUUUCAUUGGGCCACCUGAACCACGUAUUGAUUUUAAUUCUGUGCCCCAUUUCCGCAGUGGAGAUCCAUCCAAUGUCGAGGCAAAAUCUUUAGACACAUCGACCAUAAUUUGAUGGGAUGAGGGAUUUGUCGGGCUUUCCCGAUGGCCUCACAUGGUCGCAGAUGAUGCUUGACGGCUAGAUCACUAGCAUUAGCGCACAGAUGAUGUUGCGUGUCAAAGCGGAAGUCAAAGAAAUGCAAUUGAGGAACAAGUGUCAUUCGUUUUUGGUCAAAACAGUUCAUCGGUGUAUCUGAGCUAAAACAUGCCCUGGCUCAAACUGAUCCAGGAAGACUAUUGCUGUUCCUGAGAAAGAGAUCUAACAGAAAGGUUCAUCAUAUUGUAUGCCUAGCAGAGCGUAAUGGGCCCGAGUUUUGGAUACCUGGCUUUAAACGAUCAAAUAUCUGAUCAACGUGAUUUUGUACUCACAUUUUUGCUUUGAUAUUUCUGCUAUUUUUGAAUCAGAAUCAGAAUCAUCUUUAUUGGCCAAGUAUGUACAACACACAAGGAAUUUGUCUCCGGUAUAACACGCUGCACUAGUAUCAUCGUAAACAACAAAAUCAUUGAACCAUUUUAGAGUAACCAGUAGUUUUGUAGCACCAUUUUGUGGUGCAAGAAGAGUGACUACGUCAGUGACUGUUUAAGGAGUUAAUGGCUAGAGGGAAGAAGCUGUUUAAGUGUCUACUGGAUUUGGUGCGCAUGGAUCUGUAGCGUCAUUAUCAUCAAAACAACAUUAUA